AUGGAGAUAAGUGAAGAGGAGGAGGUGGUGUCUUCACUCUUGGAGCAGCGUGAAAUUAAUCCAAAUGAUACUCCUGGUGUUACAGAAGCACAAACAAAAGGACAAGAUUCAUUGGCUACUCACAGUAACACAAAGGCACUCAUCAAGGACAGGGACCCAAAGGGAAUCAACAAGUGUCUUAAGGUGACCUUUGAGGAUGUGAUAGCGAGGCCGGCUUCAGUGAGGAGCUGUGAUAAGGUGUGACUGUGGAGUCAUGCUCUGUUUGAGGUGUCCAGACUCUGGUUUUACCGCAUCGUUUCGCUGCUGCUCGCGGUGCCAGUGGCGCUGGUUGCAGGUCUUCUCUUUGCUGUCCUCAGCUGUCUACAUAUUUGGCUGAUAGUUCCCAGUGUGCAGAUUUUGGUCAUUAACCUGCACUGGAUAAAGGUGGUCUGGCAUAAUGUGCUGAACAUUGCAAUCUCCCCCUUAUUCAGAAGUUUUGGGAAGUGA